AUGAUCCACUCCCCAUUUAAUACAGAAACUCAAGCAUUUCAUAUGAAAGGAGGGAGGAAAAAAGGUAAGAGUUGUAUUGGAAAGUUUCCUGAGAGUUUUUCAAGCAUUUUCAGAUUAGAACUGUUGGCUGAUACUCGACAAAAACAGAUGGAAAAAAGAGGAAAGCAAUGCCGUUUCAAUUUCUCUUCGGAAAGGGUAGCUUUAGUCGACGGUACAUGUAAUUAUUCAGCUGUUGAGUGA